AUGAUCAGGAUGUCUCGAACACUAAUAUCGACGAGACAGCUAACAAAGAAGGCGGCUGCCAAAGUCAUACCAAAGCCGGCCAACCCCGCUAUCGUCCCUAAUGUUGCUGCGGCUUCAGUGGCGUUGAAAGCCGCUCCCGACCACAUCAGAAACGCGCUGCUUGAGGAGUUAUACGAGCUGAUGGGUUCGACCAUCCCGCAACAGAAACCGGAAAACCACUACGUCGAUUUCAUUGUUCCUGACAAGUACAUCAAACUGAAGGUCGCUGAUAUCCCCACGGAGAAGGACCACCGCAUUAUGGCUGAACUCGAUAAGUUUAUGACUACCCACGACGAAGACCAGCUUGUUCAGGCGCAAUACAAUCUCAUCAAGCUCUAUUACGAUAAAGACACUGAUCUGUAUCAGCCGUUACCCGCGCAUUACCUUAAAAAGCUGUUACUGGGGUUGGUUAGUCUUAACCCUGCUCUCGAAAACAUUGACGACGAGUAUCUUUGGAACCUCUUCCCCAAAGACAAACAAUUUGGCGUUCGACCAUUCCAAACCGAAGGUCUGUUCAAGGACUGGGAACAGCAGAUGUUGGAGAAGACUAAGAAGGAAGCGACGGCAAAGGAGAAGACGGCGCUUGAAACCCGCGAGCUCAUGUCUCAAUUUGCCAAGACGAGAUUCUUCCGCAAGCUGGGCCUGAGAAAGAAGUUGGACCGCAAGUUGGUGAAGAAGUAUAAGAAGCUUCGCAAUUCUACGCCAGCAGGAGAGGAAGAGGAAGAUUAA